AUGUCCCCAUGGCCACCUGGGGACAUCCUGGUGUGGACAUGUCCCCUUGGGACACACGGUGACAUCUGGGAGGCGGAUUCGGGAAGGAGCCCGUCGGCGGGGAGGCUGAAUCCUGCUCUCCCUCAGCUCAUCCUCUUCGGGCUCAGCAACCAGAUGGUAGUGACGUUCAAGGAGGAGAACACGGUGGCCUUCAAGCACCUCUUCCUCAAGGACUAUGCGGACGGCGCCGACGACGCGUACGCCGUGUACACGCAGCGCGAGCUCUACGCGCGCGUCUUCCACGCCGUGGACAAGUACUUGGCCAUCCCCGACGAGGCCGUGGGGCGCUACGCCUACGUGCGGCCCGAGCGCGGCGCCAACCGCUCGGCGCUCAUGCUGUGCCAGCACUUCUACCGCAAAGGGCGCAUCGACCCCGCCAACGACACCUUCAACAUCGACCCCCACAUCGUCACCGACUGUCUGGGAGUGGAGCCGCAGGAGCCGCAGCCUCUCCCGCCGGAGCUGGACCGCAGCUACAGGAACUUCACCCUCAAAUUCCACAAGCUCAUCAACGUCACCAUCCAGUUCAAGCUGAAAGCCAUCAACAUCCAGACCAUCAUCAACAACGAGAUCCCCGACUGCUACACCUUCACCAUCACCAUCACCUUCGACAACAAGGCUCACAGCGGCCGGGUGAAAAUCCGCCUCGACAACCAGGCGGACAUCAAGGAGUGCAAGGACCCCAGCGUCUUCGGAAGAGGUGACAACUCCUUCCGGCUGUUCUUCGACGUCGUCGUCAUCCUCGUGUGUUCGCUCUCCUUCAUCCUCUGCGCCCGCUCCAUCAUCCGGGGCCUCCUGCUGCAGCUCGAGUUCAGCCGGUUCUUCCAGCGCCGCUACAAGCAGAGCGUGGGCCUGUCGGACCGCAUGGAGUUCCUCAACGGCUGGUACAUCCUGCUGGUGGUGAGCGACGUCCUCACCGUGCUGGGCACCGUCAUGAAGAUCGGCAUCGAGUCCAAGAACUUUGCCAGCUACGACGUGUGCAGCAUCCUCCUGGGCACCUCCACGCUGCUGGUCUGGGUCGGGGUCAUCCGCUACCUCACCUUCUUCCAGAAGUACAACAUCCUCAUCGUCACCUUGCGGGUGGCCCUGCCCAACGUCAUCCGCUUCUGCUGCUGCGUGGCCGUCAUCUACCUGGGCUACUGCUUCUGCGGCUGGAUCGUGCUGGGCCCCUACCACGUCAAGUUCCGCUCGCUCUCCAUGGUGUCCGAGUGCCUCUUCUCCCUCAUCAACGGGGACGACAUGUUCGUCACCUUCGCCGAGAUGCAGCAGAACAGCUACCUGGUGUGGCUCUUCAGCCAGAUCUACCUGUACACCUUCAUCAGCCUCUUCAUCUACAUGGUGCUCAGCCUCUUCAUCGCCCUCAUCACCGGCUCCUACGAGACCAUCAAGCACCAGUGCGAGGGCGAGACGCCCGUGUCCCAGCUCCACGCCUUCAUCGCCGAGUGCAAGGACAGCCCCAAGUCGGGCAAGUACCGGCGCGAGAGCUCCUCGUCCUGCUCCGUCUUCUGCUGCUGCGAGAGGGCUCCGCUGUCGGACAACGCGCUGCUGGUGAACUGA